AUGCCUCGCCGGUAUUGCACAGCCAAGAAGCUGUUCCCACCCGUCAUGACGAUGCUACCACCUGGUACCUUCAAGAACAAGGUUGCCAUCGUCACUGGUGGUGGCACUGGGAUUGGCAAGGGAAUGACUGAGAUGUUUGCACAGCUUGGAGCCAGCGUUGCUAUAAUGAGCAGGAAACAAGAAGUCCUGGACGAAACUGCCAAGGAGAUUUCUUCAAAAACAGGCAGCAAGAUCUUGGCCGUUGCAGCAGAUGUGAGAGACCCUUCUGCUGUAGCCGCAGCAGUGGACAGGUGUCGUGACGAGCUUGGCUUGCCCGACAUUGUCAUCAACAACGCAGCAGGGAACUUCAUCAGCCCUACUGAGAUGCUGUCCACCAAUGCCUGGAAGACAAUCGUGGACAUUGUGCUCAACGGGACAGCCAUUGUGACGUUGGACGUGGGGAAAAGGCUGAUUGAGGCUGGGAAAGGUGCAAACUUCCUGGCUAUUUCUGCAACCUACACAAAAUAUGGCUCUGGAUAUGUUGCGCCAAGUGCAGCAGCCAAGAGCGGCGUGGAAGCACUCAUGAUGUCACUUGCUGCAGAGUGGGCAAAGUAUGGUAUGCGCUUCAACUGCAUUGAGCCUGGGCCUGUCUACACCAAGGGUGCCUUCAGCAGGCUAGAUCCCGAUGGUCGCUUCUCCAAGGAAGCCAUGAAGGGUGCCAUAGAGAGGCAAGGGGAAAUACCUGAAGUUGUCAAUUUGGCCACGUACCUGGUCAGCGAUUACUCCAGUUGGCUGACAGGAGAGGUUAUUCGAAUGGAUGGGGGUCACCUAAACUACAAUGCCAGUGUUUUCAACAGGCUUUCUGAUGUACCGAAGGACCAGUGGAAAGCCAUCGAGGCUGCCAUCAGGAGUGCCAAGGGUUCAUGAUUAUUCAUGGUUUCGCUGGAGUUGAGUGAAAUGUGCUCCUUAGGUAUAAGGUCUGCUCAGGUCUUUUUUUUAUUGAAAUCUAUAUACUUGGUGACAGCCUAGGAAUUGAGUACAAGCUCCAGCCACAGAAUAGCAUUGUGCUUGCCUUCUGCGUCUCUGUGCACUGAAACAUAAUUCCCGAGAGAUGCCAAUAUUGAACUACGUUUCCCUCCGCUCUGGCAACAUAGAAACAAGCGAAUGUGGUUUGUUGGCGCUUGUGUGCGAAUUCUGUUUGAGUCGAAAGCAGU